AUGAUCAGUCAGCACCAUCACGAUGCAUUGCCGAUUACUGUUGCCACAGUUUACGGGUACCCACAGGGGCCAACUUGGCCUAAGGCCCUUUCUCAAACCGAUGCCAUCCUGACGACUCUCACUCGGGAGGUUGUACUUGGUGCCCGGGGGUUCCGCGUCAUCUGUGGAGACUUCAACCAUGACGCUUGCCGCCUUCACCAGUGCCAGCUCUGGCAGGCUAACGGCUGGGUUGAGGCUCAGGCUCUCGCCAAUGCUGUCUGGGGCACGCCGCCACAGCCCACCUGCAAAAAUGCCACGCAGCGUGACUUUAUCUGGCUCUCGCCUGAGGCCGCCUCCUACUGUGUGAAUGUUCAGGUCUCUGAGAUCUUUCAGGAGCACUCAACCUUAAUCGCCGGGUUCUCUCUUCCGUGCCACGCCGUUGUUGAGACUACUUGGCCGCUCCCCUCGGAGCUUCCUUGGGCUGACAUUGAUGUAGAUGCCUGGCAUCUGCUUGCGGGACAUCAGCCUGUUCCCCAGACUCCUGAUUCCACUCAGUGGUUUUCUUCUUUCUCGAAGGCCUUUGAACACAGCUUGGAUGGGCAUGUGGGUUCCUUCCCUGGGGGACGUUUGCCGUCCAAUUGCUUUGGUCGCGGCUCUCGCACUGCGCCGCAAAAAUCUUCUUGUUGCCGCCGCCCUCUCCGCGCCAGCCGGCCGGGCGAGGAUGCUCUGCGCCACGAUGGACUGGGGGCUGAGGUUCGCCGCUGGUUCCAGCAGCUGCGCAGGCUCCAAUCUCUUGUGCAUGCGACUCGGGCCGCCAAUCCUUCACCCUCUGCCCAAGAGUAUCGUCUGGCCCUCUGGCAUUCUAUCUGCAAUGCCCGCGGCUUUCGCGGCGGCUUCGCAACUUGGUGGCUCAAUCGGCCAAUCCGCUCUGUCGGCAGCCCGUCUUUUCUGCCACAGUGUGUGCCUGACGCCUUGACAGCUUGCUUGCUGCAUGAGGACUUUCGCAGCAACUUCCGCAAGCUCGAAUCUUGGCACAUGCGCAAUCGUGCGCGGAUUUUGGAUGCUAAGUAUGACAAGUCUCUUGCUCAGAUCUACACGGAGCUCCGCGACCCAGCCCCCGAGCAGGUCGACACGCUCCAGAUUCGUCGGGAAUAUGCCAUUUUGGCUUCCGACCCUUCGAGUGCACAACUCCACCUCGAGCGUCCUCCUGAUUUACGAGGAACUUCUACCUGGACUCUUGACGGCUCGCCCGUCUCCUUCCAAUCCGUUGACGCAGAUGUGUGCUCUCUUGCAGUUGAUGGUGUUCUGGAAGGCUCCGAACUUGAGCAAGUACAGACUCUCUCUUCGGUUGCUGAUUUACACCGGGAAUUUGUUUCGCUUUGGGCGCCGCGCUGGCAACAACACGCCGGCACCACUCCUUCUGACUGGCGGCGCUUUUUGGAUUUUGCCGCAGCCUACCUCCCUGCUUUUAGUUUCGACCUGCCGGACAUUGAUGUCUCUACCUGGAAUCGUGCCCUUCGGCGCUUUCGCCCACGGGCGGCUCGUGGUCCUGACGGUUGGGCUCGGGACGACCUCCUUCAUCUUCCCCGGGCGCGAACGCUCGAACUGCUAGGCUUCCUGCAUUCCCUUGAGUUGCAGGACCGUCCCUGGCCGAAGCAGCUUGUCACUGGUUUCGUCUGCCUGCUUUGCAAAGGUAAUGGCCGUCUGGAUGCCAAUGGCUUUCGGCCACUCUGCCUUUUCUCGAUAGUGUACCGCACCUGGGCGGGCAUCCGAGCGCGCCAGUCCCUGGCUGCACUUCGCCAGCUUGUGCCAGAAGGUCUUUUGGGUUUUGUUCCGGGAAGGACUGCUGCUGAGUUGUGGUAUUCCGUUCAGAUGGAGGUGGAGCUCAGCAUUCUCGGCGGCACAAGUCUCCUGGGAUACUCCACGGAUAUCAUCAAGGCCUUCAAUAGCCUCCCUCGGAUCCCGCUCAUGAGCCUGGCAUCGCAACUUGGGUGCCCCCGCCGCCUGCUUCGGCCCUGGUGCUCGUUCCUCGAGGUCAAUGAACGGCGCUUCAUGAUCAGACAGGAGGUCAGCUGUGCGGUCUUGUCCACCUCUGGCUUCCCGGAGGGUUGCCCGCUCAGCCCUCUCGCGAUGGUUUUCGCGGACUGUGCCUACCAUGCUUAUAUGCGUGAGUUUGCCCCUUCGAUCCGGGUUCUCAGCUACGUUGACAACUAUGCAGGCACGGCGCAUUCUGCAGCAGCCUUGCUGCAUGCUUUCAACCUGGUGCGCUGCUUCAUCGACAUGCUGCGUCUCCAGUUGGACGAGUCGAAGACCUUCGUUUGGGCGACCAACGCCGCGGAUCGUUCGGCUCUGGCUUCUACUGGCCUCACUGUCUCUUCGGGAGCCCGUGAGUUGGGCGGCAUUAUGUCUUUCAGCUCUGCAGUGCGCAACGCUCCGCUCCGGGCUCGCUUCAAGGCUCUUGCGCCCCUGUGGGGCAAACUUCGGCGCUCUCGGGCCCCUGUUGUGCUGAAGCUGCUGGCUCUGCCCGCCAAGUUUUGGGCUCGGGCAUUACACGGCAUUGCUGGGGUUCCGGUCUCAAUUGCUGAACUGCACAGUCUCCGUACGGCAGCCGCCAAUGCAAUUGGCAUCCGGCCGGGUGGCAGCAGCUCGAUGCUGCGCCUCAGCCUAGCUGAGCCCUCCACGGCAGACCCAGGGUUUUAUCAGCUGCUGCAGUGCGUCCUUGACAUUCGCAGGAUGUCGCACAAAGUCUCCAACUUCCUGGCGGCUUGGCGCCUGUUCUACAAGCUUCGGGACGGACGCCCCCUGCACGGUCCUCUCAACAAGCUCGCUGAAGUCCUUGCGCAGAUCGGCUGGGCCAUUCUCGAGCCACCCCAGGUCUUAGACCACGACGGACUUUGCCAUGAUUUGAUUUCGCUUCCGGAGCCGUCGCUCCGUCGAAUGCUCCAGCAGGCUUGGCUGCGAUUUGUCGCUUUUCAGCACCAGCAUCGCCACAGCAUGGCAGACUUGCGGGGCAUUGACUUGGCGCUGCUCCGCGCCUGUCAGCGAUCGCUCAGCGCUCUAGAUUUGUCCCGACUUUCAGCGAUCCAGUCUGGCGCUUUCUGGUGUGGCCAGCAACAGGCCCGCUUUGAUUUGUGCCAGAACGGGCUUUGUGCGCGCUGUGGCGUGGAGGACUCCGUUGAGCACCGCAUCCGACACUGCCCCCGCUUUGCUGAGGCACGGACCGGCCACGAAUGGGUCCUGGAUCAAUGGGACAGUCUUCCUGUCUCUCUGACCCACCAUCUGUUACCGUCGCAAAACCCUUUUCUGCCAGCACUUCGACAGCAGCUCUUGUGCAUUGCCGAUACUACGGGUUGUUUCUUCAGUUCAGGUUCGGGGUCAGGUUGGCAAUUUCUUUUCACGGAUGGCUCCUGCAGUGAGUUCGGGCAUGGUGACUUCGCUUUGGCUGGCUGGGGUCUUAUCCUGGCCAACACUGGUGCGGCGAUUGCCUGUGGUCAGGUUCCCGGGCUGACUCAGUCAGCUCCUCGUGCGGAGAUCCUUGCCAUGACGGCUGCGGUUCGAUGGGCGCUGUACACUGGCCAUUGCUGCAUUGUCUGGACCGAUGCCGACAACGUCCGCAACGGCGUCGUACACAUUCAGGAGUGCGGCGGCAUUCCUGGGGGUGCUGAUGCUGAUCUUUGGUGCACCUUGAGAGACCUCCUGUCUCAGGUUGACCCGCGGCGUUUUCUGGUGCGGCAUACCCCUUCGCAUCUUGACGUCAAACUGACGGAAAGUCCGCUGGAGGACUGGCUGGCGGUCCACAAUGAUCAUGCUGACAGGCUUGCUGGAGUGGCUAACAAUAACCGCUCUUACGCUUUCCGGGAAGUUCAUCAGCAAGCUGUAGGCUACCAUGACAAUCUUCUUCGUGUACUGCUGGCUUUGCGGGCCAUAUUCUUUGGCGUCGCCGAACGAACCCAGGUCGGAGCUUUGACAUCAGGACCAGAAGAUGAGGAAACAGUUCACUUGCCUCCUCCAGGCCUUGUGGUUGAGCGCCCCCUGGACCUCGAGGAUACUUUGCCCGUGAACUGGGUCAACAUCGUUUCAGCCAGCAACACAGGACUCCCAUCAUCUUUCGUGCGAGAGCUGUGCAGCUUCUUAUUUCACUUGGAUGCUGAGUCCGACGCGGCCUACAGGCUUUCAUGGCUUGAGCUGGUCUUUGUGCUUCACUGCAGUGGUCAGUACUUCUAUCCGGUUUGCAAUCAUGAAGGCAGAUGGGUCGAUUCUUCGGAGGUUGCUUUUCCGCCUGCAGCGCACACAGUCGCUGCUCGCUUGUCUUUAAUCCGUCGGGCAAUGACUCUGGCGGCACAAACCACGCGUUUGGUGGUUGUGGAGGAGCUGCUGCUUCAUCUCAUCGGCAAUAUGGAAAACUCAGACAUGCAGAGCGACAAGGUUAUGCGCCUGCUCCAGAAGCUCUCUGCAGUCUCUGCGCGGCUUGCAGCCGUGGCAUCGCAAGGCCUCAAGGCGGAUGCAGCCAGAAAGCAGCACUCAGAACGGAAAUUCCUGAAGCUCUCGGGAACCGUGGCACUCUUGCAGUGCGCUUUGAUCGACAUGGAGCUUGCUUGCGAGACGAUGCGAGGAGUAACGGCUACCACUCGGAAGGCCACGGCUUCCCGAGCCGUAGCCACCGAUGUCCAUGCAGAGGUGGACGGUGGCGCUCUCCGCCCGGCAGUCUUGCAGGUCCUGCUCCAGCACCAGUUGAAGCGAAGGAAGUCGGCGAAGCAGGCUGUCUCGGAUCUCUUGGAGCUUGUGCUCUCGGCACAGGGGCCGCGGCCGGGCGCGCUGCUCAAGGGCUUUGUGCACCUCGAGUCGGCGCACGGGACGAACCCAGGCCUCGUUGCGCUGUGGGACUCUCUCGUUUUGGGAUCCAUCCACAAGAAUGCCCCGAUGGAUGCCGUGAGGAUCCUGGGUCGAAGAGGCAGCCUUGAGAUGGGUAAGGAGGCCUUGAAGAAAGCGGGGACCGUCAACUUGGCAAGCAGCCCUUCCGAAGGCACGGAUGAUUCCGAAGAGUCCGACGAGGAAGAUGAGGAUUACGAUGGCAGCAGCGACGAGACGUCGAGCGAGGAGGAAGAUGAGGACGAGGAAAGUGAGGGCCGCAAUGAUGGUGCACAGGAAGCGGAAGAGGAGGAGGAAGGCAAGAAGGGUGACGAGGCAGAUGACGACUUCGCACAGGACGUCCUGGAGAACGGGCACGGUCUGGACUACCUUCUGGAUUAUGCGGUGCACCUCCUCGUCAAGAUUGUCCAGAAUGUCGUCAACGGCGACGCCGACGCCAUGGACAAAGCCAAGAGGACGUUCAAGCACUUCAUACAGGAGAAUCCAGGUACACCCGCAGCACCGCUGGGACUGUGA